AUGAGAACCGAAAUUGAAAAUUUGUGGGUAUUUGCUCUUGCAUCAAAAUUCAAUAUUUUCAUGCAAGAACAUUUCGCUUCCCUCCUUGUCUCCGUAGCUAUCACUUGGUUUACGUUAACCAUCCUAUUUUGGUCUAUCCCGGGUGGACCGGCUUGGGGAAAAUACUUCUUCACUCGCCGGUUUAUCUCUCUCGGCUAUAAUCGAAAAUCCAAGAAUCUCAUUCCCGGUCCUAGAGGAUAUCCACUUGUGGGAAGCAUGAGCCUAAGGUCAAGCCACGUGGCUCAUCAGCGCAUAGCGUCAGUUGCUGAGAUAAGUAACGCCAAGCGGCUCAUGGCGUUUAGUCUCGGUGAUACUAAGGUGGUGGUGACGUGUCAUCCUGAUGUGGCAAAGGAAAUACUUAACAGUUCGGUUUUUGCAGACCGGCCAGUUGACGAAACCGCUUACGGUUUGAUGUUUAACCGAGCCAUGGGAUUUGCUCCCAAUGGUACUUACUGGCGUACUCUGCGUCGGUUAGGCUCGAACCAUCUUUUCAACCCAAAGCAAAUCAAACGCUCGGAGGAGCAGAGACGAGUGAUCGUGACUCAGAUGGUGAAUGCGUUUGCACGUAACGCUAAAUCCGCGUUUGUAGUGCGGGAUUUGCUCAAAACAGCGUCGCUNUCAAUACUUCGUGUUUAUUUAAAUCAAAGUUCUAUAUAA